AUCAAUUAUGAUUCUUUCUAUUGUAUUGUAGGUCGAUGUGUUUGUGAGAAAGGAUAUUAUGGUGUAGAUUGCAGGCAUGAUAUUAAGGUUCCGCCUACAAUAGAAGAUGUAGAAGGUGGAGGACUUUGUGAUAAACGAUAUGGGAGUGAAUGUAGUUGUUUUGAGGUGCAAGUUGACAUGCUUGCAGAUCCGUUUCAUUGUCAAAGAAUCGUCAAAGUAAUUUCAUCAAAUGGCACUUCAACAACAUUAGAUGAAUCCAUUGUGAAUGGAGAUUUUGUUAACUUCUUUACUGGCGAAUGUUGUUUUGAAUAUCAUCGGAAAAAACGUUCAAUUUCAACACUGAUUGAGGUCAUGUUCUAUGAGUUUGAAGUUUCAGUUAGUAACGAUGGUAACAAUUUUGGUGAGGCAGUUACCUUACAUGUUUACGACUCUUCGUGCCAAGAAUACUUUACAGACAUAAAAGGACGAGCUAGUGUCCACUUAAAGGAUGGGAUGUGUCUGAUCGACAACGAAUGUGUAAAAGAGAAUGAUGUCCGAAUUAACGAUUACUGCUACAAAUGUUUACCCUCAUCAAACAGAUUUAAUUGGACCCAUGACUGUGACGAUAAAGAUAAAAAUGACGAUAACAACACAUUGAUAUAUAUAAUCGUGUCAGCUGUGUGUGGUGCUGUUAUCAUUAUAUUGAUAGUCAUUUGUAUAGUUAAGAUGUGUAUUACGAAGAAAAUCACAAGAAUUGAUAGUAAUGUCUCUGGUGAUCGAAGGUAUGAGGCUGAUCGAUGUGAAAGUGGUUACAACAAUACAUAUUAUAACGAGCAUGACGCAGGUCGAUAUGAAAAUGAUAACAGCAAGCCAUAUUAUAACGAGCAUGAUGCUGAGACACAGUACCAAACACUAAGCUCUUCAACUAUUUGUAUGCAAGAUUGUGAAUACAAUGAACUUCAGAAUAUACAAACAAAUAAUUCCUAGAGAAUAUCACUUAUGUGUAAUGAUAACAAAAUAAAGUUUAACUUUAGAAAUACUGUUAUUUUGACAAAAAGUUAAUUGAGAAAGUUAACUGAAAUAAGGCUCAAUGUCACGUGAAGGUCCACUUUUCCAAACAAAUAUACAUGCACGUUAUUUAAUAAUAUGUCUCAGAUAAAACUUUUUUCCAAAGAAAUCAAAUUGUUGUCAUAAUGAAUUAAAACGUUACUUUUGUUUUUUAACAUACAAUGUCAAAACAUCAAGUAAAUUGCAAUACUGUUACGAAGCAAACGUAUAUGAUGAAAUAUACCUGUAACCAGCGCAAUGUGCUGAAUUAUAUGAGCGUAAAUACUUCAGACCUUCACCUCGCGAAAACAGAACACUGUCAACUUCAAUUACAACCGGUCGGUGGUAUUUAGCACGUGUAUAGAGGCUGGGAAUUCCAAUAGAAGCACAAUUGGGUCAAACUUUUAUUUUGGAAUAGCUGACGCUGAAAAAUAUCUUAACAGGAAAUCACUUUUGCGUGAUAUAACAAAUAUUUUUGCCAAUAAUGUUACAGCAUUAUUACAUUGAUUAUGAUUUGUUUCAAUAUAGUAUUGAAUUAUUUGUACGUAUGUUAUUUUACCGCUAAGAACGCUAAGUAGCUGUAUACAUGUAUAUUUGUUGGUGGAAAAUUGGAUUGUAUUGAAAUGUUAACAACAACUUAAUGUAAUUGAUCAAUUUUGCCUGAACACAGGCAUGGAAAUUAAUCUUGACAAAACAGAGAUAAUUGUAUUUCGAAAUGGAGGUCGUCUUCGUAAUUAUGAAUCUUGGUCUUUUCGCGGUCAGUCUGUAAAUACAACUGCUGUUUAUAAAUAUAUGGGUUUGUUAUUCACUCCACAACUAUCAUGGAAUGUAGCUCAUGAUAAAUUAGCUUCACAAGCUCAAAGAGCAAUUUUUGCUAUCAAAGGUUAUGAAAAAUCAUUUGGUAAUUUUCCCAUAAAGGAACACUUUAAAAUUUUUGAUACAAUGAUCAAACCUAUUCUUUGUUAUGGAUCACAGAUUUGGGGGUAUGAAUUUAGUCCAACUAUAGAAUCUGUUCAUAAUAUGUUCUGUAAGGGUUUAUUAAAUGUUCGAAAAAAUACAAAUACAAGCAUGGUGUUAGGUGAAUGUGGUAGACUCCCACUUUGUAUUACUUAUUAUACAAAUUGCAUUCGUUAUUGGUGUAAGCUAUUAGUUAUGCCACAAUGUCGUUACCCAAACCAAUGUUAUUUAAUGUUAAAAUCACUAGAUGAAGCUGGAAGAACUUGUUGGGCUAGCAAAAUACGAAUACUUUUGUACAGUUACGGAUUUGGUUACAUUUGGAUUUCUCAAGAAAUAGGAGAUGUGAAUAUUUUUGUUAGCAUUUUUAAACUACGCAUAAUAGAUUGUUAUACUCAAAAUUGGCAUGAUAAUAUUAACAAUUCCAGUAGAUGUCACCGUUAUUGUUAUUUCAAAAGCCUGUUAAAUGUAGAACGGUAUCUUCUAAUAGAAAUCCCUGUAAAACAUAAGAAAGCAUAUGCUAAAUUCCGAUGUUCAAUUCACAAACUUAAUGUUGAAAUCGGUAGGCAUUUAAAUAUACCUUUUCAAGAACGCUUUUGCAACUUUUGUCUUGAAAAUCAUUUAACUUAUCAUAUUGACUGUGAAUAUCAUGCUUUUUUUUUCAUUGUAAAAAAAUAUUAGGAAUUAGAAAUACAUAUUUACUAAACUGGUAUAAUUCCGGAAAUGAAUUACAUAACUUUUAUGAAUUACUCUCAUCAAAUGAUAUUUUAAUAAUUAAGAAAAUCUCUACUUAUAUUUACCACCUCAUGAUAUCUACAGCACAGUAGCAUUUAAAUGUAAUGAUUGUCAAAACUUGUAAAAGACACAACCUUAUAAUGUUAAAUAUCAUAUUUUGUAUGACAUGUAUUUUGGGCCGGUGGUCUUUAUUUACUGAAUAAAUCUUUUGACUUGA